CAGCGGCUCUCUGUCCUCACUCAGACUGCUAGACUGGAUCCAGAACCUCACUGCUGAUCCAAGCUGGACAAUUUUUUCUUUAUGGGAAGAUUUAGACUCAUUGAACAAGCAAAGUCACAUCAAAGAAGGUGACUGAGGCACCUUAACUAAACGAGAUGCUUUGCUUACGUGACUCAAGUGACUGCCUGCAGGAGCAGAUGCACUACAUGAUGAGGUCACUGCAAGAUUUGAAGCAGCUGCGAAAAGCCUGCCCCCAAGUUCGGCAUCCCCUCGCUCCCCUCAACAACCAGCUACCAGCUUUAGUGCGUCACUCAGCUGUGGCGCGGGCAUGCCAGCAGCGGGCUCUGCAGCGAGAGCAGCGUGCCCGCCUGCGGAUCUCUGAAGCCAGCACAGCCAGCACAUACGACUCCGCUUGCUGCCUAGCUAGUCCCCUGGAGGAGGAAGACGAGGAUGAUGAUGCGAGCUGCAGGCUGGAACUAAGUUUCAGAAGAGAUCUGCGCUCUCCAUGUAGCCAUAAGAGUUUGGAUUUUGAUUCUGGUUACUCAGAGGCAUCCUGGCAGGAUGAUGGUGUUAUUCUGAGGAGGACCAGGAACGUGCGUGUUUCAGCCUCCGCCUGUGCCCGGAUGAACAGAGCGCCAAGCGGACGCAUUCGGCCUAAAUCAACAUCUGACGCCUGUCUCGAAACGUGGACCUCCUUUGAAGUUAGCGACCCAGAGGACUGGACUAACUCCUUACUGACUAGAGGGCGAAAUCGUCAGCCUCUGGUUCUGGGUGACAAUAGUUUUGCAGACCUCAUACAGAACUGGAUGGACUUACCAGAUUGUCCAGAACCCACAGAACUGAAACCAAAUCCAAGACGGAAACUGGGGAGAGGCUUUUUUGGCAACAUGAGGAAGAAGCUGUCCGGUCUCUCUAAGACUGUGGAGGACAGAGUAAGGUUGAGAUCCACAGACUCUUCUCACCUCAACAGAGCUUCUAAUGCUCCAAAGCGCCUGUCCUGUCCUGUGGUGCCGUCAAAUCUUAAAGUUCCAUUUUUUCACCAGUCCCACUCAGGCAUCAAUGAGCUGGGUUCAGACUUUUAUGACUUUGCAGCUCUGAUGAAGUCGGGUAGCAGACAGCCCAUAAUAUGCAAGGACAUUAUUGGCUACAUAUGACAGAUGUAGACCAUGUGAAGAUUGCAGGAAACUCAGAGUCACUUUAUUUUCAUACAAUUGCUUCUCAAGUUACAUACUCUGUUGUUAAAGUAUUAAGAAUAAAAAUGUUCUCAUGGCUUGAACCCUAAAUACACUCUUAUUUAUAUUUUAUAUAUUCAUAUACGUUGCACGGGAACCGUUUAUUUUACAUUCCCAUUCUCACAGUUUCUUUAUGAGGAUGAUGUUUGCUUCUGACUGAACAGUUGAUUGAGAUGGGCUAUUAUAACCUGAAGGUGGAAUUGUCUGUUUUCAUUAAAAAUAUAACUUGGAGGUAU